AUGCCCCGGCCCCAAACCCUCCCAUCACGCGUGACGCUGGCUGUCCUCAUCUGGGCCGAGGGUGGCUGUUCCAACAACGGGACCAGGUUUGAGACCUUCCUCACAAACAUCGCCUCGCACGGCUUCAUCGUGCUGGCCCUUGGGCCACCGAAUGGGACGGGAUAUAUUUUCCAGGAUGCGAUGGAUGAUGCUGUUAGAUGGAUUCAGAAACAACACCGCGCAAGAAACAGCAGAUACAAGAGCGUCGAUAGUAGCAGGAUUGCCGCUGCGGGUCAGAGCUGCGGGGGCCUGUUGGCGUAUACGCAGCGGCAUAAUGACGCCGUGAGCUUUUUAGGCAUUUUCAACUCCGGGUUGUUGGGGGAUACCCCUGAGGCUAGGGAGAAUCUGCCUGAGGGGAUGAUUAUUGAGGAACCAGAUGUUAUUCAUGAGGUGAAGAAGCCUGUUUUCUGGUGGUUAGGUGGGGAGGGGGAUGUUGCUUAUCGGGCGGUAUGUAUUGAUUGCCCUACUAGCCCUCCUGUAUCAGAAAUUCGCGCAUUGUUUGCUGACAAUGAGCAGGGCACGGCUGACUACCGUAACCUGACCGGAGUGCCAAAGUGGAUUGGCAAUUAUCCGGUGGGACACUCGGGGACGUAUAGAGAGCCUGAUGGAGGCGAGUUUGGUGUUGCGGCGGUGAAUUGGUUGAAAUGGGUGCUCAAGGGAGAUAAAGCUGCCUCAAAGUUCUUUACGGCAGGCGGAGCGGAGAGGGCCGGAUGGAUUGCGACGGAGAGCUGGGGGCUCGAGCGAAUGGGCUGGUAUAUUUGA